GUGGAGCCGUCGUGACGUGUUCACUUUAGCUGCGCUCAAGUCUGCAAAUCUUCAGCCUCUCUCUUUCUGCACCUGCUCGUGGUACGUACUAGUCUUGUUCGAAAUGGCAACCGCAGAUCCGUACAACUUUUUAAAAGAUUUUUUGGCCGGUGGAAUCUCGGCAGCAGUUUCCAAAACUGUUGUUGCCCCCAUCGAGCGAGUCAAAUUGCUGCUGCAAGUUCAACAUGUUUCGAAACAGAUUUCUGCCGACAAGCAGUACAAAGGUAUUGUGGAUUGUAUGGUCCGUAUCCCUAAGGAACAGGGUUUUAUGAGUUUCUGGAGAGGAAACUUGGCCAACGUGAUCAGGUAUUUCCCAACCCAGGCGUUGAACUUUGCAUUCAAGGAUGUCUACAAACAGGCUUUCUUGGGCGGUGUUGACAAGAAGACACAGUUCUGGCGCUACUUUGCCGGUAACCUCGCCUCCGGUGGCGCUGCUGGAGCCACUUCACUCUGCUUCGUCUAUCCUCUCGAUUACGCCCGAACAAGGUUAGCAGCUGAUGUUGGCAAGGCCGGUGGCGACCGUGAGUUCAGCGGUCUCGGCAACUGCCUGUCAAAGACCUUCAAGUCGGACGGUCUGCUCGGUCUGUACAGAGGCUUCGCUGUCUCGGUGCAGGGCAUCAUCAUCUACCGUGCCGCCUACUUCGGCUUCUUCGACACCGCCAAGGGAAUGCUGCCCGACCCCAAGAACACACCUCUGCUCGUCUCCUGGGCCAUCGCUCAGUUUGUGACGACAUUCGCCGGCAUCAUGUCGUACCCAUUCGACACAGUGCGUAGGCGCAUGAUGAUGCAAUCAGGCAGGCCGAAGGCCGAGCACGCCUACAAGAACACAAUGGACUGCUGGGCCAAGAUCGCCAAGCAGGAAGGCACAGCCGCCUUCUUCAAGGGAGCCUUCUCCAACGUGCUCAGAGGAACCGGAGGCGCCCUCGUCCUUGUAUUUUACGACGAACUCAAGGCGCUCAUGUAGACUACCCCCCGACAACAUCUACAUUAUUUUAGUAUUUAGUCGAAAGCAGCAGAGACGGAUGCAGGCUAUUCUAGCUAGGCUCCGCCCGCCCCCCACUGUAGGCCACUAUGCUCUUCAUUUCCAACUAGUUACUUUCUGUUUGGUUUCAUGGGUAGUCAAGGAUAAAGCUUUAUCAACUACACGAAAAUUAGUCAACUAAUAGGAUGAGUUUGUUGAAGUACUGCAGCAGGAUGCUUGGAAAGAGAGAAUAAGCUUUACUAUAAGAGGAAGUUCCACUAGAAAAUGUUGAAUGGUAAUCUAUUUGGAAAGGCUGAAGAGUGGGAAGGUAAAGCUUUAUACUAAAAGAAUGUUUAGUUCAAUUUUAACUUACAUUCCGCACUAAUGCGAUUUGAUUGAUACAUUCCGGUUUAAUCAUCUCCAAACAUUUCUUCUAAUGUUAUACUACAUUCCAACUCCUACUUUUGAGUAGGAAGUCUGCAUUUCACUGUUCACUUCAAAUUUAAUAAGCAACAACAUUUUUUACUUCUCAAUUAAUCAAACACCACCUCGUAUGUCUUUUCUGUUUUAUAUAUGUAUCUAUAUGUAGAAUUCAAAUCUUUGUUAUAGUUUGUUGAAAGUAAAUAGUCGGACGUGUUGAAAUUUAUGGACUCCUACUAUUUUUUUAAAAACAAGUAUUAAUGGAACUAAAUGUAUAAAAGGCCGAACUCACUAUGUUUGAAGGUUAGCGGCGAUGAUAGCUUGUUCCGAUCUGCGUUGUUGCAGAACAAGAGAAUUGUAAAGUAUUUACAAAUAAAUAAUAAGAUACGUUGAACGUG